AUGAUUGCCAUAUUCUACCGAUUAUUGAUUAGUUUUGUUUCAGCGCAAGCCCUCGACAAGAACACAUGGGUGUACGACGUUACUGGCCUGCUUCAGCAUUGUGUUGCUGUUCUUCGUCUUUGUCAUCAGCUGACAGAUCAGUUGGCUGCUGUACCAUUACAGCAUGCUUCACCCCAACUGAACCAUAUGCUGUGUCAGGCAACUCUACGUGUGAUGCCGCGAUUUGAUGAUUUAUUGAGCGCUGUCGCUAGCCCUGCUGUCGAUAUUCGUGUCCUCGAGGCCCGUGCGACGGCGCUCGCUACCGUAUGCUGGGCAUUGUAUCUGCCGUUCUCGCUCAUUAGUCAAAAGUACAGAGAGGCGAUGGGAGAGCCGUUACAACAGAUGGAUCUCCAUCUGGAUGCUUUACGCCAUGCCGCAGAAAUAGCUGAGCGUGCCAAUCUUGGGAAGUUAGAACUUGACUGGUCACAUCUCGAUGCAGUCGCGGAAAAUGUUGCUGCUGCGCAAGAAGCGGCCAGAGUUGUUACCGAAACAACGCCGCUUGUUGAUCCAACCGAAAAUGUUACUACCGUGGGAGAUUCUGCGAAGGAAUCCACUGAUGGGAUGAAUUCGGCGCCUGGAAAUGGCAAUCAUCCCAUCGAUCCCAGUGGAUAA